AUGAGAACACUCACAGGAUUUCACUGGUCCAGUCCAAAAGCUGAUAAAGGAACAAAGAGCAGAUCACCAACAACGUAUCUCAGCAAACAGCUAUUCAGUCCACGGUCCAAAAAUAAAAACAAAAGUUCAACCAACCUUAAUGUAAGACGUUUUAGUACAGAUAGUAUAUUUAACUCACAAACACUUAAUAACAAAGACUACAGUACUGUAGUUGGCCGACGACUUAGCAAAGAUGCGUCCGCGUUUUUAUCUAGCUCUCCACCCGACAUCAACAGCAGGCGUUCCAGCUAUCUAGACAUAAUAAACUCCGGAAGUAAAUUGGCUGGUAAAAGCCCUAUCCUGUCCAUCGAAAACCUCUCUGACUGUAGCAAAUACUCGGAGCCAAUGAGAAAAUUGUCGGACUCGGAAAGUAUAGGGAAAAAGCUAGCUACUUUGCCAAGGUACGAAUCCAUAGACAAGCAUCGUUUGUUACAGCCUCAACACAGUCUUAAUUUGGGUAAAAGUGACGAAGCUUUGUCCAAAACCUUGAAACCUGAACCUGUGGCGCAGGCGAGAAGUUUCAACAACGGAGUGAUCAUCAACAAACCAAGACCGCCACUUAAACGAAGCAAUGACAAUAAUUCAAAGCAAAACACCAAUCCCCAGAUACGAAUCCAAGUAGAAGAUACAUCUAAGAAUGAAGCUCGUCAUCCUCCCCUUUCAAGGAAAACCAAAACUAGGCAUCAAAGUCUAGGAGACGCCACCAAUAGUUCAGAUCCUCCAAAGCGCAACAAACUAACGGAACAAUCCAAGUCGUUAGAUAGCAGCAAUCCAUCUACUUCUGAACGAAGAAGAUCUAGAGCUAGAUCUAAAUCCAGAGACGAUGAUUUACCACCAGCUCCUCCACCACCCAACUGCUCACCGAGGAACUCGAACGGUAGAUCACCCCUGGAACGUUUGUCCAAAGACGAACUCGUACUCCUAUGGAGAAGUUCUGAAUCAGAACUAAGAAGCCAUCUGCUGAAGGCGCUUCGCGGUAAAGAAGAACCUUCGGACCCGCCUUGA